GAGUGUGCACGGAGAGAAUUUUCGAAGUAGCAACAGGGAUUUCUGAAGAGAGAAGAAAAUGUGACACGGAAUUUGAAAGGUCUUUAUUCCCGUCUUUGAACACGAACUCCCUCUGUUAGCACCAGCUUUCUCUAGUGUUCAAGUGACGUGUCAUUAAAAUCCCAACCUGCUUGGGUACCACACGAUGAGGUGGAGUCAGGUCCUUGCCCCAUAUAGGUCACCCACCUCACUCCAUAGAUCUUUAGGCUGAUAAUUCAAAAAUGGAGGAUGAGUCUUCUCAGCCAUUAAUUAAUAAUGUAGCUCUCUGUCUUCCUGUGUGACACACGCGAGAAGGCACUGGGCGGCCAAUAAAGAUGUAGGGUAGAGAAGUGAAAAGCUCCUCCCAGCAGCUCUUCCUCAUUGAGCUGAAGAAGUAGAUCAAAAACUUCCCAGCAGCUGAGGGGGAAGACAGCAGAGCAAGAGGAGGAAAAGAAGCGAGGAGGAGAGGAUCUCUUCAUAUCCCACCAAGGCAGAAAGGGGUCGGGACCCUAUUAAACAGCAGCGGGCCGGGGCAGGAAGGAGCGCGCGGAGCGGGGCGAUGCCGCUGCUGCACCGAAAGCCCUUCGUGAGGAAGAAGCCCCCCGCCGACCUGCGGCCCGACGAGCGCGUCUUCUACUGCAGGGUCACCAACGAGAUCUUCAGGGGCUACGAUGACUUUUUUGAACGCACCAUUCUGUGUAACAGCCUUGUAUGGAGCUGUGCUGUCACAGGUAAACCUGGACUCACAUAUCAGGAAGCACUGGAAUCAGAAAAGAAAGCCAGACUUAAUCUUCAGAGUUUUCCAGAGGCACUCAUAGUUCCAAUUCUGUAUUUGGCCACCCUAACCCAUCGCUCACGACUUCAUGAAAUCUGUGAUGAAAUCUUUGCUUAUGUCAAGGAUCGAUAUUUUGUUGGCGAAACAGUGGAAGUAGUUAGAAAUAAUGGUGCAAGGUUGCAGUGUAAGAUUUUGGAAGUCAUAGCUCCACCACAUCACAAUGGAGUGGCCAAUGGCCACAUCAACAGUACCAAUGAAGACACUAUCGUCAUCAGUGAUAGUGAUGAUUCAGAAACGCACAACAGUUCUGCACAAAAUGGGAAGAAAAAAGCAUUAAUUGAUCCCUCCUUGUUCAAGUAUAAAGUCCAGCCUAUUAAAAAAGAACUAUAUGAAUCUGUUACUGUAAGAGCAUCUCAGAUAAGCCGGAGGAAACAUCUCUUUUCUCGUGAUAGACUUAAACUUUUUUUGAAACAGCACUGUGAACCACAUGAUGGAGUCAUUAGAACUAAGGCAAUGUCAGUUGCAAAAUACAAGAUAGCUGAACAAGAUUUCUCCUACUUCUUCUCUGAUGACCCACCUACAUUUAUCUUCAGUCCUGCCAACAAAAGGCGAGGGAGGCCUCCAAAGAGGAUAUCUAUUAGUCGUGACAAGAUUGCUAGUAAACAAAACAUUCCAGGAAAUAGAAGUAAAGUGGCAAAGGAAAGGGCAAGACUCCAGAAACAAAAAGAAGAAAUGCAGGCCAUGGCUUUUGAAAAAGCUAAAUUAAAGAGAGAGAAGGCACAUGCUAUAGAAGCCAAGAAAAAAGAGAGAGAAGAUAAGGAGAAAAAGAGAGAGGAGCUGAAGAAGAUUGUGGAAGAAGAAAGGUUGAAGAAGAAAGAAGAGAAAGAGAGACUCAAGAUAGAAAAAGAAAAGGAAAGAGAGAAAUUACGUGAAGAAAAACGAAAGUAUCUGGAAUACCUAAAACAGUGGAGUAAACCUAGAGAAGACAUGGAAUGUGAUGAUCUUAAGGAACUUCCAGUUCCAACUCCAGUGAAGACGAGACUGCCUCCUGAGAUAUUUGGUGAUGCUCUGAUGGUCUUAGAAUUCCUUCAUGCAUUUGGGGAACUUUUUGAUCUUCAAGAUGAGUUUCCAGAAGGACUUACUCUAGAAGUGUUAGAAGAAGCUCUUGCAGGAAAUGAUAGUGAAGGCCCACUAUGUGAAUUGCUCUUUUUCUUCCUGACUGCCAUUUUCCAGGCAAUGGCAGAAGAGGAAGAGGAAGUGGCCAAAGAUCAAAUAGCUGAUGCUGAGACCAAAGAUUUAACAGAGGCUUUGGAUGAAGAUGCAGACCCCACAAAAUCUGCACUGUUUGCAGUUGCAACUUUGGCAGCUGCAUGGCCCCAGUUACAUCAGGGCUGCAAUUUGAAAAAUUUGGAUCUCGACAGCUGCACUCUUUCUGAGAUUCUCAGACUUCACAUCUUAGCAUCAGGCGCUGAUGUAACAUCAGCAAAUGCAAAGUAUCGUUACCAAAAACGAGGAGGUUUUGAUGCUACGGAUGAUGCUUGCAUGGAGCUGAGAUUGAGUAAUCCUGGUCUGCUGAAGAAACUCUCAAGUACUUCAGUGUAUGAUUUGUCACCAGGGGAAAAGAUGAAGAUUCUUCAUGCCCUCUGCGGGAAGCUUCUGACUCUCGUCUCCACUCGAGAUUUCAUUGAGGACUCUGUUGAUGUAUUACGACAGGCAAAACAGGAAUUCAGAGAGUUAAAGGCAGAACAACAUCGCAAAGAAAGAGAAGCAGCAGCAGCAAGGAUACGUAAGAGGAAGGAAGAAAGAUUAAAAGAACAAGAACAAAAGAUGAAGGAGAAACAGGAGAAGCUGAAGGAAGAGGAGCAAAGGAAUCCUGCUGCAGAAGUGUCUGUUGGGGAAGAGGAACGGGAAGACCUUGAUACUAGUACAGAGAGCAAAGAAAUUGAGCAGAAGGAACAAGACUUGGACACAGUGACAGAGGAUGAGGAAGAACCAGGACCAAACAAAAAAGGAAGAAGAGGUAAGAGGGGGCAAAAUGGAUUUAAGGAAUUUACAAGGCAAGACGAGACUUCUUGUGAAAAGAGCGAACCUCUUACUGCUGAGGAGGAAGAAGCUUUAAAACGGGAGCAACAAAAGAAAGAGAAGGAACUUAUAGAAAAGAUUCAGAAUGCUACAGCCUGCACCAAUAUCUCUCCACUGGGUCGUGACCGCAUGUACCGACGCUACUGGAUUUUCCCCUCCGUUCCUGGAUUGUUUAUAGAAGAGGACUAUUCUGGUCUUACAGAAGACAUGUUAUUGCCUCGACCCUCUUCCUUUCAGAAUAGCAUACCGUCUCACAUCACAAAUGAACUUCAGGUAUCCACUAAAACUGGAGAGUCUUUGAAGUCAUCUGAAUCUACCUCCAAUAUUGACCAAGAUUCAUAUACCAGUGUUGCUGUAGAGGUGCCAAGACCAGUAUAUAAGCCAAACCGCUGGUGCUUUUACAAUUCUCGGGAACAACUGGAUCAACUCCUAGAGGCUCUGAAUUCCCGAGGACAUAGGGAGAGUGCCUUAAAAGAAACUCUUUUACAAGAGAAAAAUAGAAUAUAUGAACAACUAAACAGUUUUCCUGUGGAAAAAUUCCAUAUUCCAGACAAACCUCAAAGUGACAACAAACCUCUUUCAUCAGGGCGGGGAAGAAUACAGAAUGCACAUGAUACAUUUCAAAUGUCUGCAGAAAAGCAGCUUGAACUGAGACUUAGAGACUUUCUUUUGGACAUUGAAGACAGAAUUUAUCAAGGAACACUGGGGGCAAUUAAGGUUACAGACAGGCAAUCUUGGAGAGCAGCCUUAGAAAAUGGGCAGUAUGAACUGCUAAAUGAGGAAAACAAGGAAAAUGGUAUCAUUAAAACUGUGAAUGAAGAUGCUGAAGAAAUGGAAACAGAUGAUCAAGCCAAGUUUAUUGUAAAAGACAGACUUGUUGGAUUAAAAACUGAAGCUCCAAGCACUGCAUCAACAAAUACGAGCACUCCGCAGCCAGUUAAUAAUGUGGUCCAUUACUUGGCAUCUGCACUGCUUCAGAUAGAGCAAGGCAUCGAGCGCAGGUUCCUCAAAGCACCACUUGAUGCCAGUGAUGGUGGACGUUCAUAUAAAACAGUCCUGGAUCGCUGGAGAGAAUCUCUUCUGUCUUCUGGCAGCCUGUCCCAAGUCUUUCUACAUCUCUCCACAUUGGAUCGAAGCGUUAUCUGGUCUAAGUCCAUUCUAAAUGCUCGCUGUAAGAUGUGCCGAAAGAAAGGUGACGCAGAAAGCAUGGUGCUGUGUGAUGGCUGCGAUCGAGGUUAUCAUAUCUACUGUAUCAGGCCCAAGCUCAAGGCCAUUCCUGAAGGAGACUGGUUCUGUCCAGAGUGCCGACCAAAACAACGUUCUAGACGCCUCUCCUCUAGGCAGAGACCUUCUAUGGAAAGUGAUGAAGAGGCCUCAGAACAGUUUGAAGAAGAGGAGGAAGAGACUUACUAUGAGGAAGUGGGACAAAGUGAGGAAGAGGAUUAUGAGGAAGAACAAGAGGAAGAAGAUGAAUCACAAGAGGAGGAAGAAAUGAGCCCUUCAAAACAAGGAAGACCACAAGUCAAACUUCCAUUAAAAAUGAGAGCAGCUAAACUCAACAAUCCCUUUUCAAAUCGAAGCAGCCAGCGUCAGGCCUGUGGAAGAUACGCUUCUCGGAGUCAGCAGAAUACACCUAAACAAACUGAAUCUUCGUCAAAAGUUACUGGAAAGGGGAUAAGAAAGAUAAAGUCAGCCCCUCCAUCAGUAACAAAACCUUCUUUAAGACUGAACAGCCGUACCACUCGUCAGAGUCAAGGCUCAUUACGAGCAGAUGUAUUUGUGGAAUUACUCAGUCCUCGAAGACGACGCAGAGGAAAGAAGACUGCAGAUAGUACAUCAGACAACAGUCCUUCUCUUGGCUUCAGAAUUGUUGCCACCACAGACUCAUGUGAACGGCUUAGAAGAUCUCCUCCAGUUUCUACACAGAAGUUUCCUCUUCAGGAUAGUGAAUCUAAGAGAAGAGGCAGGAAACGACAAUCCACAGACUCGCAGCAGAACAGAGCUUAUUUCCAGGCUCUGACUGAAGAGGGUAAGUUGGUGGCCAGAACUGCACUUCUGAAUCAGCAGUUGGUGCAGCAGACAGGCCAUUGUGAUGCACCAUAAGUAAGGCUACAAGUCUGUUAUGGAUUCCAUGAUUUUUUUUUUUUGAUGACCUCUGCAACUUCAGCCCUGCACAGCAGGGUGUGGGCUUCUGUGAAUUAUUGUUUGACUGUGACCUGUCAAUGACUUUUUACUAAAAAUAAUCCAGACAAAAACUUAACCUAAACCAUGAGUCAUGAUUGCAUUCUUUGGGGUUUUUCAUGGAGGUUCAAAACAUAGUGAAGGAUUUACCUUUUUGAUAAUGUCCAUUUUUUUCAAAGACAGAUGAAUCUUUACAUACUUCCUUUUGGAGGCAAGAGUCCUUUAAAGUAUCUCAGGCAGCCUUACAAACCUAGACUGGGAUUUCAAUGGUUUUAUCACCAGUGGUCUUGUCUCUUACAAGGAGGGCACAAAGAGUAGAGGAGUCUUGUUUCCCAGCACCUCCCAUGCCUACAGCACCAUCUCACUCCAAUCCCCCACUGAAAAGAUAUUUUUGAUGGGAGCUCAAGAGAUGUAAACUAUUUGAUGCCACCACUGCCCUACCCUCACAUACUUUUCAUUGGUCAUUUCACACCUUGUUUCCACAACUGAACUGCCAUAACAGUCAAGUGGAUAUUAAAUAUCUUCCAUUACAGCUAUAUAGAGUUUAUGUCCCUACCUCCAAAAUCCCCAUCUCUGUUCCUCUUUAGGGACCAUUCUUAUGAGGGGAUUCUCAGGCAAGAAGAGCGGAAUCCCUCCUCCAGCAAGAAGCAAUAGAGCUUCAGCACCAAUGGACAGGUUUUUACACUGUCGUUCCUAAAAAAUGGGGGGUUGGAGACUUGUCCUUAAUUUCCGUUAUCUCAACUGCUUUAUUCGGAAGCUGAGAUUUCAGGAUACCUAGAUUGUUUCUGAGGGUCUCUGCUUUCUUCUCUGCACUUCCCUGUAAAAGUCCAAACAGUCCAGAGAUGCAGGAUCCUUCAUUGAAUCCUUAUUUACAGCUUCACAUAAAAAACAAGCUGGUAGUGUUACUACCCACGUAGGCUUUUCCUUUGCCGGAAAGUGAGGAAUCCAUUUUGGGCCUUUGACCUUCAGUCAUCACACACACACAGACCACUUAUUUUGAAAUGAGCACUUUUAAUUUACUUUCUACAAGGCUUCUUUCUCGUUUGAUAGGUUACUUAGUUGCAGGGAUAUACACAAUGUAAAUGUUUGUUACUACAUUAUAAUGGGACACAAAUAAGUGAAAACAAUGUAAGUAAUGUCUCACUUGUUUUCAUUAACUGUAAACGCCAAAUGCACUCUCAUAUAUUUAUCACUUUGAUCUAUACUAAUAUACAAGUGAAUUGGCCUGGGACUCUGGCAUGAGCUGGUACCUGGUCUGAAUCUCUCACAAUCCCAUUUGUCACACUCUACCUACAUAGCCUUCAGGUGUGGCCCCAGACAAUUAUUCACCAACCAACCACAGUAUGAAUACCAUGCUAACAAUUCUUUCCAAAUUAACAUCUUUCCUGAUAUGGUGGAAGGUUCCUUAUCACGCAUGUGUGGGCAUCCCCUUCCUACCAUCCUUUCCAGACAAGAUGAUCAUUUAUAGACACUUAUCUUUGGCUGAAGAGCCCAUUUGCACAACCAUAUGGUGCAGGGCAAUUGGACUUCUCAAGAGACCGGGACGCACAUCAACCUUCUGGAAUGCCAGGCAGCCUGAGAAGCUUACAAGAUUUUUCUCCAACUCCUCCAGUCCCACUAUGUUCUGAUAAUGUCAGACAACAUGGCAACUGUCUUUUACAUCAACAAGCCGGGGGUGGGAGGGUCAAGAUCAAUCCCCCUGUGUGUAGAAGCAGUCACCCUGUGGAACUGGUGUCCCAGGAAUUGAAUCACCCUGUUGACAGCCUCAGAAUGGGUUGGUGGACACUCUCUGCAGGCAUUUUGCUAUCAAUCGUGAGUGGGAAUUGCAUGAUUCAGCCAUAAAUAGCAUCUUCACUCAGUAGGAGACCAGCAACUGGGAUCUAUUCGCUUCCCAAACAAACAAGAAAUCCAACAUAUACUUGGAGCUCUAGGACUAUGCUCUGAGGGUGGUGGUCUUUUUCUCGCCUGGUCAGAUCAUCUGAGCUAUGCCUUUCCUCCUUGCUGCUCCUACCUCAGUUCUUACAGAAAAUUAAUCAGGACAGAGCACAAGUCAUCCUCAUUGCCCCUAACUGACCCAGACAAUUUUGGUUCCCAAAUCUCGGACUGUUACCUUGUUCUCCGAUCACCAUCUAGUCCUUUUGUGAUCUCUUGGCUCAGGAGGACAGGAUCAAGCAUCUCAACCCUUACGAGUUUUAUCUUAUGGCUUGGUUUUUGGCAUAUUAGUGCUCUGGAGAUGUAUAAAUGAUCCUUAUUAACAGUAGAAAGGACUCCACUAGAAAAUGCUGUUCAGCCAAGUGGAAGCAUUUUUCCAUCUGGGCACAGAAGAAACUUAUAUCUCUUGAGUCAGCAGAUAGUCCAAAAUGAGGGGAAUAGCUGGGCUUUCCCUCAGUUCUAUACAAGUCUACCUGGCAGCAAUAAGUGCAUGCUAUCUACCCUCUGGUGGCUAUUCAGUUUUCACUCUCUGACUACCAAAUUCUUAAAGGGCCUAAUUAGAAGUUUCCCACCACUAAGGAAACCUACUCCUUGUUAGGACUAAAAUCUUGUACUUUCAGUACUCAUUAAGCCUCCCUUAAGAACUAUUAGCUUCUGUGUCUCACUUAUCAAUGGAAGUUGCAUUCCUUAUGGCUAUCACCUCAGCCAGAAGCAUGGGUGAGCUAGGAAUUCUAAUGGCAGAUCUGCCAUACACUAUAUUUCAUAAGGACAAAGUCUCUUUAUUACUCUAAAAUUCACCCCCAAAGUAGUUUUUGCGUUUCACAUGAAACAAUCAAUAGACUUACCUGUGUCCCCUCUCUCCCUGAAACAGCGUAUGUCUGGAGAGAAGAGUUCAUUCCCCAACUUCUACCUGCGAAGGACAAAACCAAUUAGAAAAUCACCUAGAUUGUUUGUUUGUGUUUCUCGCUACAGCAGAAUGAGUCCGAGGUUAAGUGGCCAUAUAGGUUGUAUUGGAUGUGGCCUACAUAUGCAAGAGAGACACAAAAGAGAGUGUAGGUCCUCUGCAUAGUGGUCAAACAGAGCUAAUAAUGGACAACACCAAGAACACCAAGGUGUUUAA